CUCUCUUAUUCUCAAAUCCCCACCUCUCUCCUUCUCUCUCUAAAACUCUUGUGUUUCCCUCUCUAAGCACGGCGUUGACAAAGCCCUCGUUUUAGGGUUUCUUCCACUCUAGGCUACUUCAUACUCUCUGUGGUUCUCAGGUUUGGAAUGGAUUCAUUUGAACAAGAGGGUAAUGGGGCAGCAGAAGCUCUGCCACCUCCCCCACCUAUUCCUCCGGAUGUUGCUCCUAUGAAAGCUGAACCAGAGCCAGCUAAGAAAAAGGUUGUGCGCGUACCAAUGGCUAGACGCGGCCUGGGUUCCAAGGGGCAAAAGACCCCUAUCAUAACUAAUCACUUCAAAGUGAAUGUGACUAAUGUUGAUGGUCAUUUCUUCCACUACAGUGUUGCCCUUUUUUAUGAAGAUGGUCGCCCAGUAGAUGGGAAAGGGAUUGGAAGAAAAGUGCUCGACAGAGUUCAUGAGACAUAUGACACCGAGUUAGCUGGGAAAAAAUUUGCUUAUGAUGGGGAGAAGAGCUUGUUUACUGUUGGUCCACUUCCCAGGAACAAACUUGAGUUCACUGUUGUGCUUGAGGAUGUUACAUCAAAUAGGAAUAACGGAAAUUCCAGCCCUGAUGGACAUGGAAGUCCAAAUGAGAGUGACCGAAAAAGGAGACGGCGACCAUACCAAUCGAAAACUUUUAAAGUGGAGAUUAGCUUUGCUGCAAAAAUUCCUAUGCAGGCCAUUGCAAAUGCAUUACGUGGUCAGGAGUCAGAGAAUUCUCAAGAAGCCCUUAGAGUUCUGGAUAUCAUUUUGAGGCAGCAUGCAGCAAGACAGGGUUGCCUACUUGUUCGUCAGUCUUUCUUUCAUAAUGACCCAAGGAAUUUUGCUGAUGUGGGUGGUGGUGUUCUUGGCUGUCGAGGAUUCCAUUCAAGUUUCAGAACUGCUCAGGGUGGCUUAUCUUUGAACAUAGAUGUAUCUACCACGAUGAUAAUCCAGCCUGGGCCAGUGGUGGAUUUUCUAAUUGCCAACCAAAAUGUGAAGGAUCCCUUUUCAGUUGAUUGGGCAAAAGCAAAACGGACUCUAAAGAAUCUGAGGGUGAAAACAAGUCCCUCCAAUACUGAGUACAAAAUAACUGGAUUGAGUGAGAGGCCUUGCAGGGAACAGAUGUUUUCAUUGAAGCAAAAAGGUGGCAAGGAUGACAAUGGGGACGCGCAGGCAAUGGAAGUGACUGUUUAUGAUUAUUUUGUCAAUUACCGCCACAUAGAAUUACGCUACUCAGCUGAUCUACCAUGCAUUAAUGUUGGCAAGCCAAAGCGGCCAACUUACAUCCCUCUAGAGCUUUGUUCCUUGGUGUCCUUGCAACGUUAUACAAAAGCGCUAUCAACUUUUCAAAGAGCUUCUCUGGUGGAGAAAUCAAGGCAAAAACCACAAGAACGGAUGAGAGUUUUGACUGAUGCUUUGAAAAUCAACAACUAUGAGGCUGAGCCUAUGCUGCGUUCUUGCGGUAUUUCAAUCAAUAAUAGCUUCACUCAGGUUGAAGGCCGUGUGUUGUCUGCCCCAAGGUUGAAAGUAGGAAAUGGAGAAGAUUUCUUUCCUCGGAAUGGAAGGUGGAAUUUUAACAAUAAGAAACUAGUGGAGCCAACAAAGAUAGAACGUUGGGCUGUUGUUAACUUCUCAGCUCGCUGCGACCUCCGUGGCCUCGUUAGAGAUUUGAUCAAAUGUGGAGAUAUGAAAGGAAUUCAAAUAGAACCUCCUUUUGAUGUGUUCGAGGAGAAUCCACAGAAUAGACGGUCCCCACCUCUUCUUAGAGUAGAAAAGAUGUGCGAAGAGAUUCAGUCAAAACUUCCAGGGGCACCCCAGUUCCUUCUCUGUUUGCUUCCUGAGAGGAAGAACUCUGAUCUCUAUGGUCCAUGGAAAAGAAAGAAUCUUGCUGAAUUUGGAGUAGUUACACAAUGCAUUGCUCCGACAAGAGUAAAUGACCAGUAUCUGACAAAUGUUCUCCUUAAGAUCAAUGCAAAGCUUGGUGGUUUAAAUUCCAUGUUAGCUGUCGAACAAUCUCCUUCUAUUCCUCUGGUAUCAAAAGCUCCCACCAUAAUUCUUGGGAUGGAUGUAUCACAUGGCUCUCCUGGCCAAUCAGAUAUACCAUCAAUUGCUGCGGUUGUCAGUUCAAGGCAGUGGCCAUUGAUUUCUCGUUAUAGGGCAUCAGUGCGUACUCAGUCCCCAAAGUUGGAAAUGAUUGAUUCACUAUAUAAACGUGUAUCAGACGUUAAAGAUGAUGGCAUAAUUAGGGAGCUUUUGCUGGAUUUCUAUGUGACUUCCGGAAAAAGGAAGCCUGAUCAAAUUAUCAUCUUCAGGGAUGGUGUCAGCGAAUCCCAGUUCAAUCAGGUUCUGAACAUUGAAUUGGAUCAAAUUAUUGAGGCUUGCAAGUUCCUUGACGAGAAAUGGUCACCCAAGUUUGUGGUAAUUGUGGCGCAGAAAAACCACCACACAAAAUUUUUCCUGCCUGGAUCUCCUGAUAAUGUCCAGCCAGGGACUGUGAUAGACAAUAAAGUUUGUCAUCCGCGGAACAAUGAUUUUUAUUUAUGCGCUCAUGCAGGAAUGAUUGGAACCACAAGACCCACACAUUACCAUGUUCUGUUAGACGAGGUUGGUUUCUCCGCAGAUGAUCUCCAGGAACUUGUGCAUUCGCUGUCCUAUGUGUACCAGAGAAGUACUACGGCCAUUUCUGUAGUUGCUCCCAUAUGCUAUGCACAUUUGGCAGCCACACAAAUUGGACAGUUUAUGAAAUUUGAAGACAUGUCUGAUACGUCCUCAAGCCAUGGUGGGAUGACAUCUGCUGGUGCCGUUCCUGUCCCCCAGUUGCCCAAAUUGCAGGAUAAUGUCUGCAAUUCCAUGUUCUUUUGUUAACUCUCUUAAGACCAUGCACUUCUGAAGUUAAGGACACCUUAGGCACUCGUAGUAUAUAUUAUCUGGCUUUUUAGUGGACCUUCCACUGUGGAUGGUGCCAAAGCUGCAGUAACUUGGAUAUGUUAGCUUUUGGUUGUGUUUUUAUGGUUUACGUGUUGGCUAUUUGCCUUUUUUCCAGCCUUUGUUCCAUUGGCUGCUGAUUUGCAAAUGGCUAAAAAGGUACUACUAGACUGUGGAAGGUCUCUUGUGCUUAAACGAUGUUGUGUGGGAGAUUUGGCUUAAUCUUGAUCAUCUCUUGCCCUGUUUUGGUUAAUAUUGGAUAAGAUUUGCAUUGGUUUGCACUACUUAUAUUUUUGUGCUUAGUAAAUUAUGUGAAAUUGUGAAGAUGUUACAUCUGUUCUGAGAGGCUAUGUUAAGCUCGCAUUGCCUCCUUCAAUGUUGUUG